UUAGAAGGCUGUCCGGUUUAUAAUUGCACUAAUGAAGGCCCAAGCUGUUUCCGGGCUGCUUUGUUUUUGGUUGGGGGCUCUCAGUGACAAAGAGUGUCAUUCUCAGUGGUGGCGUCCACCCUGUGGAAUGCCCUCCCACCAGAUGUCAAGCAAAUAAACUACUAUCUGACUUAUAAAAGACAUCUGAAGGCAGCCCUGCUUAGGGAAGCUUUUAAUGUUUGAUGUUUUAUCGUGUUUUUACUAUUCUGCUGGGAGCCGCCCAGAGUAGCUGGGGAAACCCAGCCAGAUGGGUGGGGUAUAAAUAAUAAAUUCUUAUUCUUAAAAAUUAAUUGCAUAUUUAUUCACAAUCCACUGAAAACGGUUUAGUUUAAUUAAUUCAGCAAAAGGGAUGGACUUGAUGCCAGCUUUUCAAAGUCCCCACUACUGCCCCUUUCCUCUUAGCAAUCCCCGCAGGUAAUCACUCUGCCCCACCCCCAGUGGGAGGCCCCACCCACUUUGAGAACUGCUGACUUAACCCAUCUUUCUCUAGUUGUCUCUAGUUUCAAUGAAUCACGCUCCCUUAAUACUACAUUGUCUUUAUUCUAUGACUCACAAUCUACUCCCAUCAUUAUGACGGCUGUUCCUGCCUGUUUAUAUGCUUUGUUUGUCUGAUGCUAUUUGGUCUUCUUGAAGUGCAAAGAAGGGGAAAGAGAUGGGGAGCAAACUUUGGAAAGUCCGACAAUCAUCCCUGCAGCCUUAGAGCAGCAGCAGCAGCAGCAGCCGCCUGCCCACCCACAAAUGCACACACAGCUUUGAUUGACAAGUGUUGAAUGGGAAGACUCUAGUAGCCAUGUUCUUGUUGUCUUGCAGCUUUGUCCAAGGCGAACCUGCUGGACCCAGAUGGGUUUAAACUCCAGAGGGUGGUGAGCAAGCUUUUCACAAGACUUGGAACCCAACAUUCUCCUUUCCUAUUUAAUUUGAGAAAACCAAAAUUUCCCAUUACAUAGGGAUACUGUGAACAACAGCUUGUUCUGACCGAUGUUGUUGUUGUUGUUAUUUAUUAAAUUUAUAUACAGCCUGUCAGGGAUUAUUGUGACUACUCCUGAGUAACGACCUUCCACAUGCCUGUCUUUCAAAAGUCUUUAUUAGUCCUCAUUAUUUACGGUGUAGUGAGCGGUCGGUUUCAUGUCUCCUCAUUCCGAAUCAGAAUCCGGCACUGCCCCCUUCCGCGAUUUGGACCAACAUAAAAGCCUCGGGACACUGAAUCUCCUCCCCUUUCUCCUCCUCCUCAAUUCCGGAGUCGGGGGGGGGGAGGGUCUGCGUUCUGCCUGCGUCCUCUCCUCUCUUUCCCUCUCCCUCCUCUUCCUGCCUGUGGAGCAGGGGCUCCUGGAUGUUGCCAGAGGUCUGGCACUCCCUUUCCGUCUCCUGACUUUCCUCAUCCGUCCCUUCGCUUUCAUGACUGCUUGGAGAUGGGCUGCUUCUGAUGAGGGGGGGCCUGUUCUCUAUAAGCCCUUCCCCCCCCCCCCGACUUUGAUGAAGCCCUUCAUCAAAAGAUCUCAGGGUGGUUCACAGAAUGAAAUACAAGAUAAACCUGGUUGCCAAAUUCUGCACCAGAUGAACCAGACGUAGGCAGCCCUACGUAUAAUGCAUUGCAGUAACCCAACCAGAACAUAGACAACAGAAAUUAGGCUACCCUUGUCCAGAUAAGGGUGUAGCUGGGCCACCAGCCGAAGCUGAUGGAAGGCAUUCUAUGGCAGGGGUUCCCAACAAAAUUUUCUUGAGGACCCCCCACCGAGCCGCUAUUGUGACAAGGACCCCCAUUAAUUCCUAAUCCUAAAAUUAAAAAGUGAGAGCCAAAUUAAGAGUCUUUUUAUAUUGUAUAUUUAUACGUUUUUACAGUUACAACAGAGUACUCCAUCAGUAUACAGUUAGUUUUAAUUUUCAGUUCUUAAUGAGAUGAGUUAAAUCUGUCCUUUGGGUCCAUUAUUUCUGAAAUAUUAGGUUCCAAACUUGAAACUUUCACUCUGAAAUCCGACCGCAUGUCGAGCCGAUUCCUAUAUUUGUUUUUCAUGAAACACAUGGAAGAAAAUGCUUGCUUUGUUUACAAACACUACUGUUUUGCAAAGAGGCAGCGCACGCCAGGGAGGAGGGAGGGGAAUGGAGAAGACGGGGUAUCUGCGCAGUAGCGCACAAAUGAAGCCAACACGUGCAAAGCAUCUUGGGGAGGUGAGCGUUAGUAGAAUGCGCACGCUGCCUCUUUGCAAAACAGCAGUGUUUGUAAAGCGCCACCUAACGGCAUACAGCAGAACUACUGCCUCUAUCUAAUUCUAGUUUUGUGCUAGACUCUGCUCAUGCAGGAAGCGGCCAAAACAAAAAUCUGUUAUCAUACAAAAUAUAUUUAAUAUAUUUUUUAUUCUAAUAGCAUCUUGCGGACCCCUCUGGCAUAGCUCGCGGACCCCUGGGGGUCCCCGGACCACCUGUUGGGAACCACUGCUCUAUGGCACUGAGGCCACCUGAGCCUCAAGUGACAGCAGAGGAUCCAGGAGGACCCCCAAGCUACAAACCUGCUCCUUCAGAGGAAGUGUAACCCCAUCAAGAACAGCCACACAGAUGGAUCCCAAUGAACUGCAGGAUCUUUUCCAGGAUACAUCGGCCAGCGUCUUCCGAAUUAAUGCCAAUGUGACCUCUCUGGAAAGGAGUCUUAAGUCCCUGGGGACGCCAAACGACACGCCGGAACUCCGCGAUGGCCUGCACACGACUCAACAAGAGACCAACAAAACCAUCACAACAUGCACAAAUGCCAUCCGACAGCUGUCUGAGGUCAUCAGAGGUUCUUCGAGGCAAGAACGACUUCAGUUGGACCGGCUGAAGAACCAGCUCUCUGAUGCCAUUCAGCGAUAUGGAACGGUGCAAAAGAAAAUCGCCGAGAAGUCAAAAGCUCUGCUUCCCAAGGGACAGAGUAGUAGGAAGCAGCAAAGUCCCAGGACCCCUUUCUCUAACCUGGCGGAUGAUGAAAAGAUCUUCAGCGGCGGAGACAGUGUGUGGAUGGAACAGAACCAGGAGCAUGCCCUGCUCUCCGAAAUCACAGAGGAGGACCUGGAGGUCAUCCGCCAGCGAGAAGAAGCCAUCCAGCAGAUUGAGAGUGAUAUGUUGGAUGUAAACCAGAUCAUCAAGGACCUGGCCUCUAUGGUAUAUGAGCAGGGUGACACAAUAGAUAGCAUUGAAGCCAACAUCGAGACUGCCUCCUCGAAUGUACAAUCUGCCAAUGAGCAGUUGGCCAAGGCCAGCCAACACCAACGACGAGCCAGGAGGAUCAAGUGCUGCGUCCUACUCUCCGGCCUGGCAGUUCUUCUGGUCAUCAUCAUAAUCAUCUCUGUUUCGGUCAAGAAUUAAACCCUGCAGGUUUUCCCAGCCCAUAGGCAUGCCAACUUGGAAUGUGCAAAAUAUAGCACUCUGUAUCCACAGAUAAUGUCCAUUCUGCAGCAGAAUCACCGCAAAUCUAUGCAGUUAUUCAAGCAACCUUUCGCAGCUCGGUGUAGAUCCAAAGUAACGCAGCUUGUACUUGAGAAGGGACUGCAGUCUUGAACGCCACCAAUUGGGGGGGGCACAUUUACUAAGGGGAUUAAUGUAUAUGUAUCUGUGCAUUUUAAAAUAUAUAUUAUCUGUUUCUGAAUUGGUAUGGGUUCUCUCUGUUUUUAUCCAUGCUUCCCUUUCCGUGCCACUCUGUAGAAAAUAAAGCUCUGUAUUACCCACUCACUAUAAUGGGAAAAAAUAAAAAAUGGCUGACUUUUCCUCUUUUGGCCAAAGCGUGUGAAAUGUGCAGGCACAGAGGACCCCACCCCCGAAUAGAUCUAGCCUGCCUAAUUGCAGACAAAUAGGUCCUGGGGCUUUUUGUGGGGGAACUAGAAGGGAUGUGCUUUCCUCCAUAAUCCCUUAUGACAGGCAUGUCAAACCUGCGGCCCUCCAGAUGUUUUGGCCUACAACUCCCAUGAUCCCUAGCUAGCAGGACCAGUGGUUGGGGAAGAUGGGAACUGUAGUCCAAAACAUCUGGAGGGCCGCAGGUUUGACAUGCCUGCCUUAUGAGGUGGGAGGGUAGUGGGGUUUUCUUUUUCUUUCUUACCUUAAAAUAAUUACCUUCCAAGACAACAAUGCCCACUCAGAAUACAAAGAACUCAUAACCCACCUACUGUCAGCAACCAGAAACAUCAUAACCAGACAUUGGAAAGACCUGUCAGGGGUAAACAUGAACCAAUGGUAUCAAGUAGUAUGGGAAACAGCCCUACUAGAAAAACUAACCAGUAAGCUGAAACUGACACGGGGACUAACGGAAGAAAACACCUUCACCACAAUAUGGUUCCCCUUCAUCACCUACACAGCCCAACAAGGCAACAACAAAAACCUACCGUCAGCAUACAAAUCAAUAUGGUUAAACUAACCAAAACCCCCACCCACCCCACUCACACAAGAAACCAAAGACC